AUGCCGGGAUGCGACGUGAAGGCAAGAUAUCUGCCAGCCACCUUCGCGUGGAUCCUUUUACUCAGCACCACAACCCUAUUUUUUUAUUAUCCAUGCCAAUACUAUCUCUUCAAAUACCCAUGGGUACCAGCUCUCCAAGGAGUGAUUGCCUUUUUUGUACUGGCCAACUUUACCCUUGCAACUUUUAUGGACCCAGGUGUCAUUCCAAAAGCACCUCCAGAUGAAGAUAAAGAGGAUGAGUUUAGGGCGCCGUUAUUCAAAAACGUUGAGAUCAAUGGGAUAACUAUACGUAUGAAGUGGUGUGUCACUUGUAAAUUUUACAGACCACCUAGAUGUUCACACUGUAGUGUCUGUGAUCAUUGUAUUGAGACAUUCGAUCAUCAUUGCCCAUGGCUGAAUAAUUGUAUUGGAAGAAGAAAUUAUAGAUUUUUUUUCUGUUUUUUAUUAUCACUUAGUUGCCAUAUGCUCAGUAUAUUUGGGCUCUGUUUAUAUUUUGUUUUGGAGCAUAAAGAAAAACUUGGAGAGGUCGAUACGACAAUUGCUAUGGUGCUGAUGGGCGUGGUGACAUUAUUAUUUAUUCCAAUUAUUGGGCUAACAGGGUUUCACGUAAUACUUGUGUCAAGAGGACGUACAACAAACGAACAAGUUACUGGCAAAUUUCAAAAUGGUUAUAAUCCAUUCUCGCGUGGAUGCUUUCAUAAUUGUUGUUAUACACAAUUUGGACCACAAUUUCCUAGUUUAAAGAAGCCUGAAAAAUACUUAGAAAAACGUCGUGGUGCCUCUGCGUCUGAGAUAUCUACGAUAGGAAGCGAGAACCAGGUAAAAACCUACAUGGAUAGCAGCAAUGGUGUUAGAAAUGCCAGUUCAAAUGCUUACAACAAGUUAUCUCCUGGUCGAGACGGAUCUGACACGGAUAUGGAGCCAACGGCUUCACAGUCUGCAGAUUGUGAGCCAACGCCUCCGUUACAAAGACACGGAUCGAAAAGUAAUUUUUUCCUGCCACCUGUGGAGACAAAUGAUUCGCCUAGACAUCCACCUCCACAGCACCGCCAUCCAAUGCACUAUCCACGCGGAAGUCCUCACCCACGAUCUAGGGGAAUGAAUGGUUCGCGUAGUCAUACGCCGGACGCAUUGUCGCCGGAAGGAGCGGGAUCACCAGCCGCUGGUCCGCAAAGAGGUCAGGGUCAAGGUGGCGCAAGCCCAACUAUGCAACAACGCAUCAGAGCUAUCGGUGUGCCCACGCCUCUUGCCAUUUCCAGUCCAAUUCGCAGUCCACAACGUCGUUUUCUGUCUGAAAGUGAGCUGAUACGACAAAACAAUGAUCAUCCUUACUCACGUACCAACAAUACCGUGGAUAAUAUACGUGAACUGGCUGGUUCACCGCAACGGGGUGUCUAUAUGUGGAAAGACAAUUCACCAAGUGGUUACCCAGGUCCACCAGGUAUGGGAGGCGUUAAUAUGCCAGGCAAUAAUAUCGGAAUACCUGUGCAUCCGUCGGCGUUAUCACAACGACCUCCACCGCCUUACGAUUAUUACUGUUCGAAUCCGACAAGUCCGACACAGCAGCCAUACUCAACAGCUCCACGUGCGGCUUAUCAUCCUGCCUCGCGAGGUGGUGUACCUGUAUUUCCUCCCACCCACCAAUCGCCUCAGGUCAAGCGUAAAAAUCCACCGAGCAUGGCAACACCAACGACUCCAACGUCCAACGACGCGCGACGACGACCCAUGUCAUUUGUACGUGCUUUAGAGAUGAAUGACUCGAUGGAGAUGGUCUCGAUACCCAAUGAUACGAGAUCCUCACAAAGACCGACAACACCAACCCCCGAUCGCACUAGUGUUUAUGAUAUGAACUAUGAAAUAUCUGUAUAG